AUGUCUUCGAGGUGGGAUUCGUCUCAGGAUCCUAGCUGGACCGACCAUCAGGGUUGGGCCAAUCUGCCCUGGCCUCUCACCAAUGAAAAUGAUGAAGUAUCCAAAAGCCACGUUCAGAACAGCCCUGCUCCCGGUCAUCAGGCAUCAUCUAAGGAUGAUUCGUCUACUGGUGCCCAGCCUCAGGAGGAUUUGAUUGAUGAUGAACGCACCAGCCUUAGCCAACAUGAGCAGGCAUUGACCGAUAAUGACUUGCCUACUGGUGCUCAACGCAAGGAUGAAUCAACUGUUGAUGAAUGUGCUGAUCCUGCCCACCAUCAACAAGCAUCAACCGAUGAUGGCUGGGCUACCGACGCUCAUUCUCAAGAAAAAUCGAACAACAACGCCUGGGGUACUUCUACUCAAGAAAGCAAACUCGACUGGAAUACAGCUACUGCCACCGGCUGGGAAGACUCCGAUAUACAAGAUCAGGACGUCGCUAGGCGCAACUCCGGCGAGAAUGUUGAUAUCGCCCAUGAAGAUCUAGACGAUGAACCCCGCAAAUGCUUCAACUGUGGUCAGCCCGGACACAGCAAGGCGGGGUGUGAGCAGCCAGCCAAGCCUCGGGCUUGCUUCAACUGCGGUGGGCACGAGGCGGUUGACUGCGUCGCAAAUCGGAAGCUGGACUAUUCUGGUAUCCCAGACUACAGCCCUGAGGAGGCUUGGGCGAUUUUGAAGGGGGCGAGCCACGGAGAAGACUGCGCAGGAGAAGGCAACACUUUCGAGCAUGCGAUUCGUAUCUACUCAAAGGCAGUACCCGAUGCCACUUUCGUUGAUAUCGAAAAACGGAUGCGCGAGGAAAACUGCGGACUCUACCUCAUUGCUGAGGAAUUCACUUUGCAGUCCGAGCAGACCUUGAUUGAUCUCCAGGGUCGACUGGGUUGCCAAUACCGUGUCUAUUGGUCCAAGAACCCUAAGCCGGAUCGUCUUUUUUUCAAGGCCAAGUGGCCUCGCAGCGCCGCGGACAACCUCGACCGCUUGGCCGAUGCUGGACUGCCAGCUCAAGAUUACACCGUGGCCAACACGCAGGACCGCAGAGAGUCUGCUCGUCCGGAGAUCAACUGUCCCAACUGCGAAACCUCUGGACACCGUCUUCGCGACUGCCCCCUUCCGCGCGUGUGCCAAAACUGCGGGGAUAAGGGACACCGUGCUGCUGAAUGUUCCUCGGCCAAGAAAUGGUCUCGGGUCAGGUGCAAUCAGUGUGGAGAGAUGGGCCACACUGCCAAGGGAUGCCCUGGGCCUGCCCGCAGUAGAGGUGAGGGAGAGCAGGAGGAUACUUGGGGCACUGUUGGUCAGAGUCAUGCCGAGGGGUCCGAAAAGGAGGUGGAGGGCCUUUGCCAGAGCUUCGAGAGCGAUGGCUGUCUGGUGCAGGCAGCUGAACAGAUCGUGACUGGGCAUGCUGUCGUUUCUAAGAGAGAACUCGCUGGUUUAUCGACCGUGCUUGAGCCGCUGUCUUUCGAGGGACUUGCCCUUUCAGCCUGUGAGGAUGCAGCUUUGUUACUAUCAGGUCCAGCACUUUGA